AUGCCGCUGACCCUGAGGAAACGAACGAAGAGAAAAGCCAACUACGCGCACCUUCCCGGCAGCACGGGACGCUCACGCAUCUCCGCGGAACAUGCCUAUUUUCCUGGAUGGCCAAACAGGAGGGGACCGGGGGCGGGGGGGGGGGGGCUGUCUGGGCACAGCCAAAACACCUGGUCCUGGGAUGCAGUCCAGCCGGGGGAGUUGCAGCCCAGGGGACAUGCUGGCUUAGACAGGGACCAUGGAAAGUUGUAUAAUCAGACACCUAGGAAACGGAGCCGGGGGAGGGGGAGGCAGCCGCUGCAUGGGGCUGGACGGACACAGCUGGGCCUAUCCUCAGUCCCUGGGGGGAAGGCAGUGACCCCAUGCUCCCCAGGGGCUGGGGCGAAAGCCCUGCCCCCCAGUUCUCUCCAGGGCUGGGAGGAAGGCGGUGUCCCCACUGCUCCCCCUGUGGUCACGGGGCAGGCAAAGAGGGCUUGCACUCUGUCACGGAAGGAAACGGAGGCCCAGAGACGCCAAGAGACCGGCUCAGGCCACCCAGCUUCUGAGUGGCGGAACCAGCCCCCCACACGGCUCUCCCACCUCCUGGCCCUCCAUGGUUCCACUGGCGCCCUUGAAAUUCGCCCUGACAGUCUGAGCACACGCCCUACUGCCCUGCCAGGCCGUCCGGGGACACCCCACCCGGGACACACUCCUGUGAAUGGGGAAGGACGAGCAGCCGUCACCGGCACCUUGGGCAGCCCCCGUCUGGAGGGGAAGAGCACAGGACGAGCACGAGGCAAAGAAAAGCCCGGGAGAUGGACAGCCGGGUGUCAGGGCAGAGCCCCCCCCUACUUCCCACUCUCCACCUGCAGGUGGGCCCCCCCCCCCCCCCCCCCCGCUUCUGCUCCCUCCAAGGAGGCAGCGUUGCCAUGGCGACCACCAUCACCUGGCAACUGGGCUGCAUCGUCCGGGGCACCUGCCGUCUCUCCUCUGGCUCUGGGGAGGGAUGUGUGUCCAGAAGCCCCCUUGUCUCAGAAAGUCCACCUGCGGGGACAAGACAGGGAGACUGGGGCGGGAGGGGAUGGGCGGAGACCCAGCUGGGAGAAUCAGAGGUGGAACCCUCUCCUGCAAGGCUUUUGUUUUUGUCAAAAUUGGGAACAGCAGCUUUGA